AUGAGUAACGAUUCUCGUGAACAAAUUUUAUCUGAUUUUCAAAAUUUCACAGGUUUAGAACAUUUAGACGAAUGUAUUCAUAUUCUACAACAAUAUAACUGGAAUUUAGUGGAUGCUGUUCAAGCAGUUCAUGAUCGAAUUGGAAUUGGCAAUGAUAAUGAAUCAACAGUACCAGUACAAGAAACAACGAGUACAAAUACAUCAUCAGUAAUAACAAAUACAACGAAUCAAAAUAUUAAUAAUAAUAAACGACAAUCAGAUUCAUAUGAAACUGAUGAUUCAGAUCAACCAAGAAUUAUUAAAACUAUACCUGGUAGUCAACGAACAUCUAAAGGAAUAAGUUCUACAAUAAGUGUCGAACCAGGUUAG